UUCAUUUGUAUGGUAUUUUAUAUUUCAUUUUUUAACAGAACUCGAACUUCCACAAAUCGAAAUCAAAAUUGCAAUUCCAAAGAUAGCACUUCAUCCAUUUAAUACAACUUUUGAAAAAAUGGCCGAGGCUCAAAAAAUUUGCGAUAGAGAAAUGCACGGAAUUCGAUCAUCCAAUUGUUACUUUAAUCGCAUAAAUAAAGAUAAGAUUGACAGAAUUAAACGAGCGGAGAACAUUAUACAAGACCUGGAAUGCCAUGGGCCAGCUGGUUUAAUACAUAUCUGUGUCUUAAGUAAUAUAAUUGGAAAACCCAUCCAGAUAUGGAACCCUAACGGUAGUUUAAAUAGAAUCAUCGGUAAUGGAAAAACGGGACGUCCCAUAGACAUCGAAUAUCAUGUAACCGAUUCAGAACAGAUAGGUCAGUUCUUAGCUAAAGAGUUUCAAACAAAAGUAGAUAAAGAAAGCGUUAAAAAUAAAAGAAAUAAAAAAAUGUGGAGAAAAGCAUUCCGCGCAAUCAAGACUUUUGAAAACCGAUAUUUCACUCUUGUUUGUAAUCCUAUCCACAAUUUCCAUCCCAUCCACUUCCUUAAUCCUUCUCUAGGACAUUGGACUCUGAAAUACGGGAAAGAUCCCGAUAACAUCUCUAUCGAUUUGAAUAGCUGUCUCUUUUCGGUGAUCGGCUCUCAAAUCGAGCGAGAUCCAUCGGAACUUCGUAAAUGGACGGUGCUAAGGCUAAAGAGCAAAUUUCGGAAGUUGGUCAAUCUGAUAAACGAAAUCCUAAGAUUGCAGAAAAAUGGCGAGAUAAUCUUGAUGAUUGGUGGGGCUCGUUAUUGCGGUACCUCACCCAAGCAUGCCAGGAUUAUCUUAGACAAUUCGCAGGAUCAUAAAUGCUACGGAUUUCCGAAUCCGGGCCAUCCCAGAGGACACGCAUAUCAUCCUUCUGGUUUUAGCAUCGUGGAUUAUUCUCUAACCGGUAUGAAGACAGGUUUUCCAACACGAGCUGAUCAAGACUAUGUUACCCAUUUGGCCUUGAGAACACAGAAAGCUCAAAAUGCGAUGGAUGAACUCAAUAACGGUCGAAUUACAGUAGGUAUAACCGUAACUCCUAACGAAUUAGGAAAUUCGAGAAAUUUGCCCAGAGUGAUAAAAUAUUCUAAUGGAGUAGAGUUAACAGGAGGCGUCAUGCAAGAUGUAGUUUUAGUAUUAAGGCAUCACGAAGGCCAAUACAAAAACCCGGACGCGGAUGUUUUCGUGCACACUUGUUAUCCCACAUUGGCAUAA